AUGAACCAAGAUGCCAAUGCUAUAGUCCUUAAAAUACUUCCGUACUCCACUGAUCCUCCCCAGCAGAGUGUUGAGGACACGGAACUACUAAUUGAGCCGGCUUAUUCAAAGAUCAUUUCACCAAGAAGGUUGUAUAAAGAUAAAGCCGAACCAGAGGCCAAUUUUCACUCAAGAGAUUAUCUCUCCAAGUCACAAAUUCAGCACAGACUAAUUGACAUAAGCUCUCAAUGGGAUAGCUCUGACAGAGGGGUGGCACACAAGAAAAGUGAGACUAAUGAUGAUUUAAAACGCAGUACAAAUCCGUUCAAUUGGUCAAAUAAGGUCUCAGAACCAAUGAUAAAAGAGUCUCCGAAGGUUGUUGAAUUGUCAGUCCAGCAGAAGCUCAAGCAAAGAUAUAGCAAUAAGGGCAAGCAACUUAGAAACCAAAGACUACAACUAGAAAGAAAACGUUAUUUGGCAGCUAAGCAUGAGUUAUCAAAAACAGAGCCGGUCUCUACAAUCUCUAGGCCUAGCACGCCUGAAAACACUGUGCAUACGGAAAGAAAAUGGGGAGUCUUCGAUACCUUCACCAAUUUAUUUCGAAAACCAAACAAUUCAUCAAGGGAGAAUUAUGACGUUGGCGUGGAUGCAGAUACGCCGCAAGGAGGUAAAUCAGAAUUGCUUUCGCCUGAUGUCUCUGCUAUUAGAUCCAUGUCACCUUCAAUUUCCUUAAAUAAUUAUCAACGUAUAGAUUCGUAG